UAACAAAAACAAAGUCUAAAAACAAUUGACAGCAAGCAAAGCUAAUAACAGCGACUGCAUGCAGAGACUCAGGUUUAGUGGCCCCCUGAGUUCAUGGGCCCCUGGACCCUUUAGGCCCCUUCGGUAAUCCAUCCCUGAUUGGUACACUAUAGACAGCUUAUAUGCCUGCAGUUAUUUCCAUGCAAACCCUCUACAAGUAGAGUAGAGAAAAUAUGGUGCAUGUAAAGGUGACUGUACGAAGUUCACAUGCAUUUAUAUCUGUUCAUUUAGCAAACACUUAUCCACAGGACGCAAAGUGCAGGAAUAUAUUUUCAUUAGAUCUCCCGGGGCAUGGAACCAGUUAUGCAGGGGUCAGCAACUAGCCACAUGUGACUUAAUUCAUAGUUUUGAUUCACUUUUUUUUUUUUUUACAUGUAAUGAAUGAAUGUAAUGGAAGCUGUACAAGUCCCCAUCCAGUCAGCCAGCCCAGCAAUGACUGUAGGUGCGGCUGGAGCCAGAAUGGCGGACUUGGAGCUUGUGAAGAAGAUGCUGCGAGCGGUGCUGCAGUCCAGCAAGAGUGGCGUGUCGCUGGGUCGCCUGCAGGCCGACUACAAGGAGCUGACGGGCGAGCUCAUCCCCCACAAACAGCUGGGCCACACCACACUGGAUGCCCUGCUGCUCACCAUGCCCUCUGUGGUCCGCAUGGAACGCAACCGCAACGGGGAGAUGGUGUGUUAUGCCACAGUGUGCAGUGAGACGGCACACAUCGCCAAGCUGGUGGCGCGCCAGCGCACGGCCAAGAAGACUGGGCGACCUCAGCUGGUCAACUGUCAGAUGAGGGUGAAACCAGCCGCUCCUCUGGUGCUAAAUGCCAAGCCCAGGACGUCGCUGCGGCAACCCGAUCACCGGGGACGACUAGGGCGGGGGGGAGGCCGUCCUGGUGGAUACGGAGACUCUCGGCAGGGGCAUGUGAGGGACGGGCAGGCAGACGGCAGGGGCAACGCCUCCCAAAACAAGGCCCAGAACGCACCUGCUCGAAAAGGCUCCUCUGCCUCGGACAGGUCAGACAAGAGGAUGACCCUUCCCUCCAGGUUUCAGAAAGAGGUCCACGCGCAUCUCUCCAGGAACCCCCAGCAGACUAGUGCUCCUGCCAAUUUAAACGAGAGCUCCCAGCAGGCAAAGCCCAAGACGGCCCAGGCGGGGUCCUACAACCCAGGGCAGGUGCAGGGCCGCCUGAAAGAGAUCCUGAACAAGUACAGCAAUGGUUUCUGGGUGUCCAAGCUGCCGCAGCUCUACCGGGAGCUGUACAAGCAGGAGCUGCCGGGCGAAGCCCUCAAAGACCUGGAGCAGUGGAGCCACAUCUGCACCGUGGAGAAGCCUUGCAGCACCAACCCAGCCGAGCUCCUCCUCUACCCUGCCAAGGAGUCCAGCAGCACCCCCUGCACCCCUACCCCUACCCCUCCAGGGGGUGACCGUCACUCUCCUCUCCCCCAGAAGCAACCCCGUCCCCGCACCCCCAUCGUCACCACCAGCGCCCCCACCUCGCAGAGCCCCUCCGCGCCCACCCCCACAGGUGGCACGCCGACCCCCUCCCUCACCCCGGAGCUGCGCAGGAACCUGGGGGAGCUCCUGCUGAAGUACAGCAGCGGCCUGUGGGCACACGCGCUGCCCAAGCUCUACCAGGACACCUACAAGAGCGCCCUGCCCGAGCACGUGCUCCAGAACCUCGCGCUGCUCGCCGACUUCUGCACCAUCGACUACCCCAUGCCCGACAACCCCAAGCGGGCCAUCCUGUACGUGCGCUCGGCGGAGGACGAGAACAGCAACCGGGCCGAGCUGGGCGACACGCGGGCGCUGGCGGAGGUGGGCAAGCGUCUGAGCUGCCAGCCACCCGUGCCCGCGCUGCAGAUCCCGCGCGAGGAGUAUCCGUCGGUGCUGGUGGUGGAGGCCGCCAGCACCAACAGAGUUGUGCUCAGAUACAUCGGAGAGGGCUACUCCCAGGCCCAGGAGAAGCUGGAGGAUGAGAUGAGGGAGUUCUACGGCCAGGAUAACACCAGGAAGGCCCUGGCCUCUCCCGCCUUGGGGCAGCUGGCGGCUGUCCGUGCCGAGGAAGAGGAGGAGAUCCUUCGCGCCCAAGUGAGCGAAGUCAUGGCGGACAAGGUCAAGGUAUAUUAUGUGGAUCAUGGGUUCUCUGAGGUCAUCAGCAAAACCAAGCUGCUGGAGUUGCAUGAGAAGUUCUUCAAACUGCCCUUCCAGGCUACUAAAUGCACACUGGCCGGGCUGGAGCAGUUUAGCCAGGAGACGUCUGUGCUUAAGAAGUUCGAGUCCAUGGCGAGUGGGAAGAUCCUGCUGGCUGAGAUUCUAAAACGUGAGGAGACGCCACUCAUGGUCCUGUACGACACGUCGCAGGAUGAUGAUGUCAACAUCAACGCCGCCUGCAUGAAGGCCCUGCAGGACAAGUCCCUGGGGAGCCCUCUGCAGGUGAACAGUGCCUACAUGAACGUGAGCGUGACCAGUGUGUGUUCGGACGGGACCAUCUACUGCCAGCUUCCAUCCCGUGGUCUGGCCAAACUCACAGAGGUUCUGGGGAAGACAGAGGUGUACUUCCACUCCCAGGUGACGUCAGAGUUCCUGGUGUCUCGGCCGUUUUGUGGGAAGGGCUGUCUGGCGCGCUACAAAAGCAAAUGGUCUCGUGUGGAGAUCACAAAUCUGCAUGGUAGUAGAGUUCUGGAUAUCCUCUUCAUUGAUUUGGGGAUUCAGGCGUCCGUAGAGGUCAUCGAGUUGAGGGAGUUCCCGCCCCCCUUCCUGCGUGACCUCAUCGCCAUCCCACCCCAGGCGGUGAAGUGUUGUCUGGCUGACCUAUCUGUGAGUGUGGGAUCCUGGACCCCAGAUGCUGUGCAAUGGCUUAGAGACACAGUACUGCAUUCCAGUGACUGCAGUAUAAAGAUCGCCAAACUGGAGGAGAGCAAGCGUCUGGUGCACGUGUACCUCUUCACCAGCAAGAACUUCCACGACACGGGCCGCAGCGUCAACCGCCAGCUGGCCGACUCUGACCUCUGGAAACACCAGAAGGACGUCUUCCUCAGCAGCCACGCCCCCUCACCCAAAACCACACCCGGCACGGCCAGCCACUACCACCGCUCCGGAAGCCCCACUUCCACCAAUGGGUGUCGAGCGCCUCAGCUCCGACGUGCCCAUUCGCUCCCGGCCUCCAGGGCGACCCCGCCCACCACCCCGCCGCAUGCCCCUCCGGGGCGUCUGCAGAUGCCCCCGCAGCUGGAGUUGCCCCCAGCAGGGCAGAACAUGGACAUCUAUGUGUCGGUGGCGUGCCACCCGGGGCACUUUGUGCUUCAGCCCUGGCAGGACAUGUACAAGCUGGUGGUGCUGAUGGGGGAGAUGAUCCUCCACUACAACAAGACCGACGGCAAGCCCGUCACCGUGGAGAAGAACCAGGUGUACGCUGCCAAGGUGGAGAACAAUUGGCACCGUGUUCUGGUGAAGGGCAUCCUGACCAACGGGCUGGUGUCCGUGUACGAGCUGGACUAUGGCAAACACGAGCUGGUCAGCGGCACCCAGCUGCGCCCGCUCAUCCAGGAGUUCCGCCAGCUCCCCUUCCAGGGCAUCAAAGCCCAGCUUGCAGGUGUAAAGCCUCGACAGUGGUCGGAAGAGGUUUCCAUCGUGUUCCGGAACCACGUGGAGAAGAAGCCGCUGGUGGCUCAGCUGGAGACGGUCCAGGAGGCGCAGAACGCCUGGGACCGCAAGGUGACCGUCUACCUGGUGGACACCUCGCAGGAGGAGCACGAUGUCUGGGUGCACGACAUCAUGGCCGAGUUCGCCGACGAGCUCACCAAGGCUGCCUAGCAACUGCAGCUGCAGCAGUAGCAGCGUGUUCGAGAGGGGCUGUUAGCAAGCAGUGGGAUAAGUUAGCGACUAGUGAAACUAGUCUCACGCGAGUGUGUCGUGUGUGUGAGCUACUGGUGUGUUUAGGGAUGUCGUCUGGGACUGUCUCUGUUCUCUUAUCCAACCCUCAUGGUUUACAAGAAAGGGCGUUCAGGUUGAGGUAGUGUCGAAGCACGACUGACACAGGCAGAUGGACUAAAUCUUUUAUUAAGUGCUGAGCCAGUUCUAAUCAUUACGUGUGAUAGACUAAAUCAAAUCAGUCUGCUUCAGCAACCAGAAAGACUGACUCGUUAAUGAGACUUUACUUUAGGCAGUGGGAUUACGGUUUUGUUUGCUCAAUCAGAUGCUAGCUCAACCUGUGAAGGACGACGCAUUAUUAAGUGGUACAGUAUGUUUCUAGUGGGCCUACUGGCAGAAACGUAACUGCCAAAGUCGGGCUUGAAAUUCAGAUGAAGUGCUUUGAGUCCAGCUACAAAAGGAACAUGGCCCGGUGUAUGUGCUUUCUGCUUACCACAUCCAGCAAAAUGGUGGAAGCAUCUCUGACAUGGCUUUAAGAAAACAAAGCUUUUGACGCUCAGCAUCAUUCCUCACAGAAGAAAGCUUGGGGUCUCCGACAGCGUAGACUCUCUGACGGAUCUGGCCGUCGGCACAGAGUGGCUCCAAACCCGGGCCAGACUCUCCUUCUCACUCCUUGCUUUCUCCUUCUCUCUCUCUUUCUCCUUCUCUCUCUCGUUCUAUCUCUUCUCGUUCUUCUUGUCUCUCAUCUGGCUUAAGAGUAAAAUGUUUACACAGGCCUGCUCAACGGUCCGACAUUUAAGCAGGUUUACAAGAGGAAAAAAAAGUAGCGUUACAUUCCUUCUCCUCCAUCGAUAUGUGACAAAGCCAUUUGGUCCGCUUUAAGUUCAACUAGUGCUGCGUUACUGCUGUUUCGCCCGAGGGGGGCGCUACACUAUUUAUUUCGUUCUUUUGAUCUUUUGAUGUUGUUUAACUUUGUCGUUAGCACAGAGCGACACAGUUCAGCUGCAUGACUUGAGUUUGAUUUGCUAAAGUGUGUAAUGUAGCUCUGGCUUGUGUUAUGCUACAGGUGAUCAAAUGGCUGAAUUAUACUGAAAUCAAAGCCUACAAGCUCAACAACCCUUUAACACUAAGCAUUUAUAUGUAUGGUUGGACCACGGGGUUGAACGCAUAUUCAGAAAUGUUUCAGGAAUAAAGUUAAUGAAAAAUCCA